UGAUUUUCAGAUUGUCUAAGCAAGGUAGGUUUGUUGGUCAUGUGUUGAAAGGAGAAACAGGAGAUCGUCCGCCGUUCAACUCAAGGUGAGGUGCUGUUUUUAUUACUUGGUGUUGGUUGGGUUUUGACUGAAUUAGCAUUUUAGUUGUCUAUUAAUAGAUUUUUUGGGGAAAAUGGUUUCUGUACUGCCUAUGUCAUUCUAUGCAAAUAUUUGUCUUUAAAUUUGUCCUUGGAUGAAAGCUUUAUAAGUUGGCUGUGAUUAGGAAAUUUAAAAUGCUGCAAUGUCGUGUUACAUUUCCUUUUUACACGCACACAUCCGCCCAACAGUCUAAAUUCUACCUCUGUCCACCAUAUGCAAUGUGUUUUAAAUGCUGUGCUUUAGCCCAUAUAUUGAUUUCACAUGAACACCUUGUGCGUGUGUGUAUUUAUUGCACCUAUCUGUUCUGUUUAAUGUUCAUUUCAUGUGAAAACACAUGGUUAUAAUUACAUAAAUACAUCUCUGUACAGGGUGGGGUUUUCAACAUGCAGCCUUUCUUGAUGUAUAUUUGUAAAGGGAAAUCUUGUACCUAUUUUGAAGCAUUCUAUUUUUCUUAUUGUGAAAUCAUUAGAUGCCUCGUGCCUCGCGCGCUUCGGCUGCAGCCAAGGUGAGGAGGAGGACGAUUCUUCCGAUGGCAACGACUCUGGCUAGAGGCUUCCUCCCUGUGCAUGGCACUGGAGCACGUCACCGUGUCAAGCCGUGGCCGGUCUCUGCCCACACUGGGAAGUCCAAUCGACUGGUUCUCCCUCCUGAGUCUCCAGAUAAGCAGUUUGUGCUGUUUGUGGGCGACUCGCAUCUGCGUGCGUUGGUUGACCGUUACGUGAGGAUGCCAGACGGUUGCCUUUCGUUUGGGUUCCUGUCUACGCCUGGGGCGUCUGCCGCUGAGCUCCGCACUGAGUUGCUGAACGCAGACAUCCCCAGAACCCCCGACAUCGUUUGCUUGCUGGCUCCAAGCAACAACCUCACGGCGACGCCCGGCAUCGAAGCGGCUGGAGUUGCCUUCGAUGGACUUCUGAGAGCUGCCCGCAGUCGAUGGCCUAAGGUGUUUGUGCUCGAUUUCCCUCCCCGGCUGGCGAGUGAAUUGGCACCGCAACAAUUCCUUCGAGAGGAGUUUCGUCGCGUUGCAGCAAAGAACGAUGUAAAGUACUGCGUCACAGCUGACCGCUUUCCGCUGGACUCACGUGCCUUGUGGAGUCGUGAUGGGAUCCACCUGAGUGACGAUCGGGGGAUGCCGCUUCUCGCGAAGCUUCUGUGGCACUUCUCCUUUCGGCAGCUACAGUCACCUCUGCCUGUUACACCUCCGCCUGUGUCUCCUCCCAAGUCACCCCCGACUGUGAGACCCUUUGCUACCACCGUGGUUGUGAAGGGAGAGGUUUCCCGUCCACGUCCCCUUGACCCCUUCAAGGAAACUGUCGUCGGACGUCGCGGAAAGCGCAGCCAACCUGAGUCCUGGGAUGUGCCUGAGGACUGGGAUCAGUCUUCCGUGCGGAUCCUUCCUCAUGAGGUUUGUACAUUGGUAUGAUAGCUGAUAGGAAAUUAAACCGUAAUGAUGCGUACAUUUGUUGUUUAAUUUAAAUGCUAUUCCUAUAAGACAGGGCAAAUGGUCAAUGGCUCAAUUCUGUUUUUUAUUUCUAGGUUUGUGUGCCCCCUCUGGUCCUGAGGGAGUGCUUUGUCGUGCUAAACCCUAUCCGGUUUAGCACUGACAAGUUGGCUGCAAUGGAUCGCAUUGUUCCAUCCAACCUUGACGUCCCCAUGGGGAAUCGCUCAAAGGUAAUUUGUGUGAUUUUAAUAUUAACUGUUUGUGAGUGCAUACAUAUUAAUAGCGCCUGUAAUCCUAUAUGACAAGCUUUACAUUGUAUGGUACAGAUAGUUGCAUUGAUAACAAAUGUGUUAUAUUUCAUUAACUGUUAUCAUUUCCGUUCUCUUCCAUUAUGAUAGAAACGGAAGGUGGCACAUGGAACCACGGCUGUGGUCUCCAAAGGAAAGAAGGCCCGCCUUGAGGCACUUCCAACUCCAGCAAGGAUUGCUAAACCUUCGAAGCUGGUACCUCCCCCUCGACCUGUUCCAGAAGCUGCUGUACCAGCCACUCUGGAGGGCAGCGUCUUUGUGCCUUCGAGCAAGGUAAUUUGCAUACAACAUGUGAUGAUUACACACAUUCAGUGAAUAGAGUGCGGUUCUCUAUUCUUUUGAUUAUUUUUCUAAGUUCCCUUUAAGAAAGUGUAGUUUUGUGUUUCCAUUUCUCAAUUGUAAUGUACAUAUAAUUCUUACUAUGUCAUUACAGUUUGCUCAACCGGAGGGGGAUGACAAGACUCUGUGUGUUGAUGAGUGGCCGUUUCUUCAAACAGACUUUUGUGAGGUGAACCAGCCAACUCCUCAGGUUGUCUCUGGACAGAGAAAACAAGAGGAGCCAACACCUUGGGGGCCAAAAGUUGUGAUGGCCCAGGCUGAUAAACCAACAGCCAAUGAGACCAGCUUCUUGGAAUGUUCAACCAAGAUGACACACAUUGAGGACCAUGAGCCGUUUGAACCAGCACCUGAGGUCACUGCGAGCAGUCAGCAGAGCCCGCCUGAGGACAAUGGCCAGCUUGAAGAUCCUCAUGUAACACUUGGCAAUCAGAAGGUACUUACUUUUAACAUGUU